CUUAAAAAUUUAAAUGUGAUAUCAACUCUUCUUCAAAGAAACUCAGUCAUGUUUCGAGCUCUCUGUGCCCAACCAAAGUCUAUGAUGAUGAGGAGAAGCAUAUCUCUGCUCCAACUUGUUAAGAGAAGGGAAGAUACUCUCAGUAUGAAGCAUACAAAGACGAAUUUAUGACUAGGAAACUACAGAAUAUGUCCAUAUAUGGCGGACACUCGGGAAGAGCAACUAAUCCUGCAUGGGAGGAUAAUCGUGGAGGAACUGCCCAGGUGUCUAAUGUUCAAACACAGGCUGGACCUGUAGUUGAUCUAGAUAAUAUCUCAUAUGAGGAAACGAAUCGAUUCCAAGAAUCCUUGGGCAGUGUGAGCCAAGGUGUGUCACAGCAAGCAGUCUCUAGGUUGCCUAUUCACAAGUACAGUCCAUCAACCAGCAAAGGCAAAUCAGGAGGAGAUACAGAGUGUGUCAUCUGCAAAAUGGAGUACGAGAGGGGGGAUCGCUUGAUCACAUUGCCCUGUGCACACCAAUAUCAUGAGGAUUGCAUAAAAAAAUGGCUUGAAGAGCACAAGGAUUGCUGUGUCUGCAAGGAGGAGGUGUCUGUUUGAAUAGUUCAUUUUGGCAUUUGACAUGGUAGCAUGGCUGAGACUAGAGCUGCCGCUUCUGAAGAUGCUCGUAUCAUAAGUGAGGCUAUUCCUUUCUAAUAUAAUAAUUACUCUUCUAGGAGAACAAUAAACGCUGCCAACCAAUAAAUCUUGUAUAGAUAUUCUACCCUUUUUAGAUGGAAAUUAUUCCCAUCUUAAGUUCAGUGUAUUUAAGCACCCUAAUGAAUUCUUCCCCCCAGGAUGUAUAUUGUCUAAUGGCCUUGUGACAUUUAGCCA